AGGUGGGCGUUUGGUGCGUAAUGCAACAAGUUUGUUAUGUGACAAUAACAACAACUGCAACAACGAUUAAUAAUAAACAAUGUGCAAAGCAACAACAACAAAAAAGUGCAUUAGUUGAGAUCAAUGUUUACCAACAUCAUCUCAAGCAACUGGUGGCAAUGUUGUUCCAAAUAGUUCGACGCAGCUCCAUUAGAAUUCCAAUUGUAUGAAGAAAAAGAAGAAGAAGAACAAAUUGUGUGUUUAUUUAAAGUAUCCAUUGCCGUGGUUGUUGUUGUUUUUGUUUUGGUUGCUGAACGAACGCGUGCUUUGGGUUAUUAGUCAUACACCAUCACCAGCACCACUACCAACGGCAGCAGCAACAACAGCGACAGCAGAGGCAACCAGCCAGCCAGCCAGCAAAAAGGCGGCAGCCAAGAAGACUCGUAGUUCUGUUAUUGUUUUAGUUGUUAUUGUUGUUGAUUCGUUUUCCAUGCCUUCGUUGUUGUUGGUGGUGUUGUUGUCCCACAACAACACCGAGUACAACAAACUUUUUUAGCUUACCGCACAUACAGCAGAAUGAGUGUUUGACACUUGUGAUCAUACCCUGAACGCGUUAAUACGGGCAAAAUAAAAAUAAAGAAACACAGAGAAAAAAAAAAAAGAAAAACAAAAAUAACAACACAACGUCCAAACACCAUUACACCGCCUUCGCCGCCAGCGGGAAGAAUGUUUCAAACCGACCAAAAGUCGUCGUUGACCAAGAAGUGAUCUAUAAAAGGAAAGUGAUUAGGAAAUUGAAUAUUUAAAAAUUAAUUAAUUUAAAAAAAAACAAAUUAAAAAAUACAUAAUACAUUUUCAACAAAAUAAAAACGAUCCAACCAACCAACAAACCCUUCACACAUCUAACGACCAUUUGAAACAGAAUUAGGAAGUGCAGUUUAUUCAUUCUGCGACCUGUUGGAAGUGAAAUGAUUGGAAAAUUGUAUAUUAAAUAAAUAAAUUAAUUUAUAUAUGAAUAUUGAAAAAUAAUAACAAUUAUAAAAUAAUAAAAAAUAAUAAUAACAAUUAAAAAAAAUAAGAAAUAUAUUCAAAGGGCAGCUCAAUCCGGCCAUCCAACCAAUCAUAAAAUUUUAAGUUCAGUUUAAAAAUAAAAAAAAAAUACAAUUAUUUAUUUUAUAAAUAGAAAUUAUUAAAAAAAAAAGAAAAACAUGUAACCCUUGAAACAACCAAUGAACUUUCGAAAAAAAAUUUUAAGUGAAAUUGAAUAUAAAAAUAAGAAAAAAAAAAAUAUUGAAAAUCGUUUAAAAAAUAUGAAAAAAGUUAGAAAUAUUUCAACCGCAUUAUUUGAAAAUUAAAUAUAAGAGGCAGUUUAUUAUGUCUGCUAUCUGUAGGAAAAGGCAAGAUAAGGAGAUAAAUUUAUUAAAAAAUUAAAAUUUAUAUACAAAUUUUGAAAAAAUACUGUGAUCUGUGGGAAAAAGGAAAGAUAAAGAAAAAAAAUUAAAAAAAAAUAAUUAAAACAUAUAACAUUAUAAAAAAAAAUUAAUAAACAUUAAGUUAAUGAUUUAAACAAAAUUACAAUUUAUAAAAAAAUAAAAAAAAUUCAAUGGAAAAAGUCAGCCCGCCCAAAAAACUGAAUUUUGAAACAUAAUAAAACAAUAUUUUAAAAUUUAUUCAUAAUUUAAAAUUAUAAAACUUAAAAUAGUGAAAAUUUUUUUAAAAAAAUAUUUAAAAAAUAUAACAUUAUAAAAAAAUUAAUAAAAAUAUAAAGUUAAUGAUUUAAACAAAAUUAAAAAUCAUACAUAAAAAAAAAAAAUUAAUGGAAAAAAGUAAGCCCACCCAAAAAAACUGAAUUUUGAAACAUAAUUUAUUUAUAAAAAAAUACAAUAUUUUAAAAUUUAUUCAUAAUUAAAAAUUUAUUAAAACUUAUAAUAGUGAAAAAUAAAAUACCAAAAAAAAAACAAAUAUUCCGACGGUAAAACAAUGAUUCAGUCAACUUGCUAAGACUUCAAACAACCAACGAUUAUUAUCAAAUAAAAAUUUGAAGUGCAGAUAAUUUUGCCUGGGAUCCGUAGGAAGAACGGAAGUGCAAUAAAACAAUUUUAAAAUAAAAAUAAUAAUAAAAUAAAUAAAUAAAAAAACAAAACAUAACAACAACUUGCAACCACCAAUACCAAAGCAAUCAAACUUGAUUUGAUGACAUACCUAAACCAAAAUGCAUAAUCCCAACAACAACAAUAACAAUAAUACCACAACAAAUACACUAAACAGUCAUAAUUUAAAAAAUUGUUAUUAUUACAACAACAAUAAUAAUAACAACAACGCCAUAACUACAAAUAAUAAUCAAAAUGCCUUAGGCAAUAAUAAUAAUAACAUGUUGCAACCGCAGCAUCAAUUGUUGCAACAUCACCAACAGCAGCAGCAACAACAACAGCACGUGCGUGUCAGUAAUUGGGUGCAAGAUACAUCACGCACACAAUAUCUAUGCCAACAACAGUUGUUGCAACAGCAAGAAUAUUUGCUACAACAACAACAACAAUAUCACAAUUAUGCUCAACAACAACAAACCCCACCUCAAAUGUCGCCAACUGCAACAGCAGCAACAACAACAACGAUCUCGUCAUUACCUUCAAUGAAUUUCUAUGCCAAUCAGCAGCAAGCGCAACACCAGCCACCACAACUAUCGCCACAAAUACAUGCGCAGCAUCCAACACAACAUAGGUUGCCAUGUAGCAUACAACAGCAACAACAACAGAAUUUAAAAACAAUGCUACCCCAACAAACACUAACAUCGCAACAACAACAUCAACAACAAAUUUUAACACCCGCCCAUUCACCAGUAACCGCAACCUCAAAUCGCCAAACAUCUUUGCAGCAUCCCCGUCUACAGCAACAACAUCUAUCGCAAAUGCAGCAGCACCAGCAUCAUCAUCAACAGCAACAAAUUUUAUCACAACAUCAACGAAGGGUAAGUUCCGAAUUCCAACAUUAUGUUUUGUUUCCUGGAAAUACUAUUGUAAGUUAUGAUUAUUAAGAACUUAAAGCCUUUUAACGUUACACAUUAGUUGCCAUGCCAUGGGGGACAUCCUUAAACCACCAAAAAACCUUGAGAAUUAUUAGCUCACACAAAAAAAGGAGUAUUGACAACUAUUUCAGCCUAGCUACAAUCAAAGAAAAAACCUAUCAACGAAUCUUGACAAAAAGAAGAAACCCAUAAAGCUAUGCCCACACAGGCCCAAAACCAAGCAUUUCAUUAACCGAACACAAGCCAACACUUCAAAGUCAAUUUUUAAGUCUUAUUUAUCUUUACUUCGUUUUCACAUGUUUUUUUCGUUUCGCAGCACUGAGACUUUAUCACAAAACCAUGCCAUAAAAUAUAUUUAAAACCUACACUGGCUGGCAUAUCGGACAAAAAGGCGAAACCAAAUUAAAAGACAACUUCAAUUUAUUGAAAAUAACAAAAACCAAAAAAACAGGCAGCCGGCAAAAAAAGUACUUAAAACUCAAUUCGCUUAUAUUUUUUUUCUCUCUUCUGGUUUUUGGCAAAGUACUUCCAUGCCAUAUAAUGGUUAAAACGCAAUUGCAGGGGAAAAAAACUUAACGUAAAAUUUACAUUUUUUUUUGGCUUGAAACGAAAGAAAGUACUUGGCUUGAAAUAUAAACUCCACACAAUUGUCGUGGAAGUCGGGUGGGUGUUUAAAAGGAAAUUUGCGGAGGUUUUUUUUGUUUUUACACUUCACUGUAGUACUUUAAACUGAAGGCGUUAUGAAAAAUGAGGUCACAUUUAAAUGAACAAAAAAAAUAUUAAAUAACAUAUUUUUGAAAAUAAUUGAGCAACAAAAAAAAAAUUGGAAAUAUUGACAAGUUUUGAAAUUGUUUUUAGACCUUUUCCAGAUCUAUUGGAUAGAAGACCUUUCAGACGUCUUUGUCUACAGACAUUUUACAGGUACACUCAAAGUCCUUCUAUGAAAAGAAGCCAGAUCUUUCAUUUGAAGAUGACUUUCCAUAGGGGUUUCAUAGAUAAAAGAAAUGCCACAGAUCUUCUAUUGGUGGAACUCUUGCCACAGUCUUCUAUGAACAGAAUACCCUCCACGAUACAUAGAAAACCUUUCAAGGGUCUUCUACCGUUAGGAGUACUUGCGCAAGUAUACUAAGGUCUUCUAUAGAUAAAAGGAUUUCUACAGAUCCUGCAUUUUUACGAAUAUUUUUCGAAAUCCACCAAAUCCUGGAUUUUUAAAAGAAUAGUAUUUCAAGGGCUAGAAGACAUUUUUUAAGAACAUUUUAAAAUUUAAAGAAUAUUUUUCAAUGGAUAUACAGAAUUCCGCAGAUCUUAGAUUUUUUAAAAACAUUAAUUUAAGGAC